AAGUUUUAAGAAGUGCAAGUACUUAAAGAGAAGGAUGAUGAAAAGGGCCAAGUCCGAAGCCCCCACCCUCUCCCAAUUUGAAAACCCCCGCCCCAAACCCAGUGAGAAACUCUAAUUGCAAUUGCAAUUGAAAUGAACACAGCGGAUCUAAACAAAGUAUGGGAAAUCAAAACCCUGACAAGAAAAGAUAAACAAGAUGAAGCCAAAGCCAUUCUCAAUCGCAUCGCUAAACAAGUCCAACCCAUCAUGCGCAGACACAAUUGGCGUGUCAAGCUCCUCUCCGAGUUCUGCCCCAAAGAUCCCGCCCUUUUAGGGGUUAAUGUGAAUCAUGGUGUUAAUGUCAAGCUGAGGCUUCGGAGACCCAAUAGGGAUUCUGAAUUCUACCCUUUUCAUCAGAUUCUCGAUACCAUGCUUCAUGAGCUUUGUCAUAAUGCUCAUGGCCCUCAUAAUGCUGUCUUUUACAAGCUUUGGGAUGAUCUUAGAAAGGAAUGUGAGGAUCUUAUGAACAAAGGGAUAAGCGGUUCUGGGCAGGGCUUUGAUCUUCCAGGGAGGCGUUUGGGUGGUUUCUCUCAACCUGCUGUUUCAUCUUUACGACACACUGCAUUGAAUGCGGCCCAAAAAAGGGCUCGUCUAGGAUCUCUUCUACCAUCGGGACCUAAGCGUCUUGGCGGUGAUAGCUCUUUGAUGACUGCUCUUAGUCCCGUCCAAGCUGCUGCAAUGGCUGCAGAAAGGAGACUACAAGAUGAGCUUUGGUGUGCAUCUGGAUCUUGUGAAAUAGAGGAAGCAGAAACUAGUAAUGAUUUGUUGCAGAAGCAGAUGGACCGAGGUUCUGGAACCUCAAGGAAUUCUACUGGUUUUGAUGUAAAUAAGUCAACCUCAAUAUCUGGGAAAAGAAGUCGUGAUAUGAGUAAUAUUAAUACUAAUGCCUUAUCUCGUGAUACUCCUAUGGAGCCUGAUUUUCUGGACUCGACACCAGAUGGUAUAGUGUCUGGAUCAGUGGUUUGUGAAAAUGAUACAUCUCAAAAUAGAAGUGACCAGAGAAAAAAGUCAUUUAAAUCCUUUGAUUUUCAGAAUAAAUCUAAUUUUAUUGAUCUUUCGAAUGAUUCUUCGGCUUCUGCCUCUACGAAUUAUCAAGAUGCUACAAAGUAUGCGGCUAAUUCUUGUAAGUGGGAGUGUGGAGUCUGCACUUUGGCAAAUCCACCCCUAGCGCCAGUAUGUGAAGUCUGUGGUACACUAAAGCCCAGAGACCUUAAAGACAAGUACAAGAUCUGGUCAUGUAAAUUUUGUACGUUAGAAAACAGUGUGGAUUUAGAGAAAUGUAUGGCAUGUAAUGAGUGGAGGUAUUCACAUGGCGCGCCUGUGGCAGCCCCUGCACCCAAUAUUGGUACCUGAUGUAAAAUACUUGUGAAGAGCCUAUAUUUGCAGGGUUUAAAUUUACCAUAUCGUGAUAAAAAGCUUGUAACAAGGCCUUACUGGUGGUUCUGUCAAAAAUCUUCUUUGCACUUUUGAACUUUGUUUUAUUGAAGUUUUAUGAUUAUUGGCUA